CAGCAAGGUGAAGGACACAUUUUAUUAACCAAAAUGGGAGGAAAUCGACUGCAUUGAGACCUUCUCAUAUCGUACUAACUAUGGAGGCUAAGCCUAUUGUGACAUGCCACGGAGACCAAAGCUUGUUUUCUCUGCUGCAUCCCAUUGUUCUCAGUGGUUUACCAAAGGAAUCAUGUGAAUGGAAAAGAUCGUAUGGUCGAGCACCUCGCACUUUGCAACUCGAAGCAAGUUUUGUUCCCUACGAUGCUGACAUCCUUCCUGAAGAAGAUGACCGAGUCCUCAUCAGUAGACCGUACUUCCAUAUAUACUGGACAGACUGUGACCUAGAAGGCUACAAGCAGACAGUGAAAGAAGACAUUGCUGAAUGGCAGGCUGCACUGAAGGGAAAGAACAUACCUGAUUGGUUGAUUGUGGUGGUCGUCAUGGAUGAAAGCAAAGUUAAAUCCAAAAUUCUCCCAAGGUCAUCUGUGAUAGACAAGGUCAAGAAUGACUUCUGCAACAAGGCACAAGAAAGAUGUCUGGUGCUGACAGAGCCGAUGAAGACUGACCCUAAGAGUGCCGAGUCCUGGUAUAACUUCUUCAUCAAGCUCCGCCCCCUACUGUUGACUGCGUAUAAUCGGCAGCUGGGUCGCUUUGAGGACAACAUGCGGGCGCUGAGAGAGAAGCGGAAUGAACCAGGAUGGAACUACAUGGAAUAUUUUGUUGUGCAGGAGGAGCUGGCCUUUAUGUUUGAGAUCCUGGGUGUGUACGACGACGCGCUGCUUCAGUAUGAUGAGCUGGAUGCUCUGUUUACACAGUUUGCUGAGAACCAUGCAGCAGGAGCUCAUGUGAAAUGGCUGACCCCUCUCAUACAGCCAUGUAGCAACUGGAGCGGUCUCUCCCUCACCAAGGCCUUGAACCACCAGCUGCGGGACGCCAUCAAGAUGAACAAGGCCAGUGUGUUGGAGUUCCGCAACUACCUGUUCUCUCGCCAGUGUGCGCUGCUGUUCUUGUUGAAGCGCCCAGGCGAGGUGGCCCAGCGGGCUCUGGACUACCUCCACUACACCGUACAAGAGAUGAUCGCACUCGAGGUGGAGGUUCCCCAGGGGGCGCUGUGGUGCUGGGUGUUCCUCAGUAGUCUUGCCGUGCUGGAGACGUGUGAGCGGUACAAUGAGUCAUCGCGGGUCAACAAGAACUCUUUGUGUAUCGCCAGUCUGUGGGACUACGCCAGACGGAAGCUGAAGGAACUAGGGAACGUGUGCGGCCUGAUCCCCGGGACCAUGCCCACAUCCAAACAGCUGAGCUGUAGAGUGGAUCUCACCUCGGGCAUGGUCACACUGAACAGUGAAGAUACAGCGCCUACUGACAACAUCACACCUCUGGACAGAUUGCGACAGGCUCUGUCUUCAGAUGAGUCCUACAAGAAACAUUACCUGGAAAUGUGUGAGCUGGCAAUGGGAACGUACAAACACAUCUGUCGGUUCCGCUCGGCUCGGAUUAUUGGCAGAGACCUGGCUGACUUCUACAUGCUGCUAGGGGAGCCCCACAAGGCGGAGGGUUUCCUGCUGGAUGCCAUCAAGAUGUACCGACAAGAGCACUGGGGGCACCUGGCAGAUGGCACCAUGCUGGAGCUUGCGGUCUGCCAGGCCAAGAUGGACGACAAUGCCAAAUUUCUGAAGACAGCCUGCCACAUUGCCUGCAGCCCCCAUCUCAAGAUGGCCGACAGGGAGCACUACUUCAGUGAGGUGAUGAGGAUAGCUGAAGACAAAGAUGAAAUGUGCAUCCUGAAAGCCUCCAAGAUUCUUGGUUUGGAAGGCGCGGCAGUGAUGACGCCAACUGUAAUCCUUAAUGAAGACUUUGUCAUAGACACGAAGAUCCACAACCACUUCCCUAGAGCCAUCACUUGCAGUAAGAUCAGCAUCUCCGUCUCUCACUGCCCGCCGGAGAAACAGCCAAACUCAUCUCACUUCUCGAAAAAGAAAAUCGCCCACACAAGAACUCCCAGCUUGACCAUUCACAAGCCUGAACACAUAGCAAAUUUUCAGCCAAUCAGAAAGCAGUUGCCUGCAAUGAUUGACACUGUGGCGACCUAUGAAAAGAGGCAGGGGAAGAUUGUGGGGGCAGGGCUGACUUGUAAGAAUGCUCAUGAGUUGCUGAAGAGAACAGACAGCGGUCCGGGAGGGGCCAGUGACGUGGACCACACGAUGAAGGGGGACUUCACAGUGAGUCUCCUGGCUGAGGACAUUGAGCUGCAGCCGGGCGAGAACAACGUGCAGCUCAAGAUGAAGACUGCGGAGAAGGGCGUGUUCUACUUGAGUCAGCUAUGCUACGAGGUGAAGCAUCUAGACUUCCUCAAGUCACUCAGUGGAUGGGACCUGUUCUUCAAGGUUGUCUGUGACCAACCCAGGGUGGAGCUGAAGCCUGCCAAGUCAGAUCACUUCAUUGCUGGGAUAAAGCAAGAGGCGACCUUGACCUUGCUGACAGGAAGUUUUGCCCUCCCACAAGGCUGCAGUGCUCAGUUCAAGACCACAGAGAACCUGGAAGUCUCGACAAGGGAAGGUAACUCUGUCCUGAAGCUGUCACCACUGGAAGCAGAUCAGUCGUCAGACUUCACUACAACGGCCCUCCAUCAGACUCGACAGACGUUUGAUGGCUCUUCAGACGCCAAGCUGACUUGCCAUGUUGACGUGUGGGACAAGAAACUCGACGUUCAUCUCAACUUUGUCCAUCCCUUUAAAGUGGAACAUGUUUUACACACAUGCAAGGAAAAAAAAUAUCUUCAAGUCACCAUUAAAGGCAAUACCAAAACCGAAUUCCUCGUCAGUCAGCCAGAGUUAUCUGCCCUGAAUUCCAAUGAUGUGGAGUUGCAGUUAAUGAACAGAACCGGACAACAGAUGAAAGUGAAUAGCAGCCAGACAGCCUCCAUCUUGUGGCAGAUCCGCUGCAACAUCCCGGACAUUCCCCGAUUGGAGACAGAGCUCUCCUUCCUCUACACCUGUCCACUGGAUCUUCAGGCCACGCCCCGCAAAUACCUGUACACCUGUAGUGUGGAGAACUUCCAGACCAAAUACAUCCUGAGCUACAACGUGACAUCCCCAGAGGAGGACAAGCAGUGUAAGACGGGGAAGACCGCGGCCCUCAAGCUGCAGGUGAAGAAGUGCAAUGGAGGUCAUAACGACCCUGACGAGAGGCUGGUCUACGAUGUGAGAUCAGACACAGACACCUGGGCGCUGGUUGGGAAGUCUACAGGGAUAUUUUUUCUGAAGGAUGACUACUAUGAGACGAUCCUGGAUGUGGUGGCUGUGAAAGCAGGCUUCGUGCAUCUCCCUUUGGUCCACAUACACAAGUACCGAGCUGACCAAUCAAAUAUGGAGGAGAGCAGCAAUGAGUCACUGGCUGAUCCUCCCGAGUUUGUCAGGUUCUCCAGGGGAGAGGUGUACAACAGCAGCGUGGCCCAGCAGGUGCACGUCUACCCGGAGAUGGGGGGCAAAGAUGUGGAGGUGUCCCUCAUGGAAGGGUAGAUAAUCGACAAUCUGUGACCACUACUGCUACUUGACCUCGAAGGGCCGUGUCUACCCUGAGAUGGGAAGUUAAGAUGUGGAGGUGUCCCUGCAAUCUGUGAUUUGAACUACCUGACCUCACAGGGCUGUGUCUACCUUGAGGGAAAGAUGUGGAGGUGUCCCUGGUGGAAGAUGGAUGACCUGCAAUCUGUGACUUGAACUACCUGACCUCACAGGGCUGUGUCUACCUUGAGGGAAAGAUGUGAGGUGUCCCUGGUGGAAGAUGGAUGACCUGCAAUCUGUGACUUGAACUACCUGACCUCACAGGGCUGUGUCUACCUUGAGGGAAAGAUGUGAGGUGUCCAAGGUGGAAGGGUGGAUGAACCAAUUGUCAAUGAUUCCUGGUCAUGAGUUAGAACUGUAGACACCCCAGUUAUUAUCCUUGAUGGGUCAGGGCCCUCCCAAUGCUCAUGUGUUUCAUCAACCAGCAAUAGAAACUAACCAUUUAGUCCCCUAGUCCUUAUUAUGAUAACAUAAAGGAAAUACCUUAAUUAUGGCAAAUUUCUACUAGUCCUUAUGAUAGCUGAGCUAUUGGGCAGCUUGAUAAGGACUAAUGUUGUCAACAUGUUAAGGUUUCUAACCAGCAACUGUCUUUCCACUCACUUGAAGCCGACAUGCUGUGCAGUAACAGAAAUACUGUCCUAUGGGAAGUAAAUCCAACUCACUCAUCAACAGUGUGUUACAAGGAAGAGAAGAUGACCAGCAGUCCAUGUCUACUCCAGAUGUAAGAACACUGCAUGACUCACAGUGAGUGACAUGAAAAACCUUGUGUCUGCUUGAAUAGUCGGGUGUAGGAAUCACGGGUCUGUUUCAGCAAUGACAACGACAGUAGUUGACUCGUAAAUGAUCUACAUACUGGUGUUCGCCGAUUGUCAGUCAACCAUUGUAUGUGUUUGAUUGGCUUAGUUAUUUUCAGAAGUAUGAAUUUGCCAAUACUCUGUGAAUCAUCCAAACAUAUAUUAGGCCAAUCUUGAUAGUUUCAUUAUGUGCUACAGGCACAUCUUCCCGAGGCAAGGGAGUUAACUGACUCUAAAAGUCCAGUUUCCACCCUUGCCAAACUAGGCUGGAAUUUCUGGGCUCAAUCGUAGCGCCACCAGUGGCUUUUACGAGUUAUGUCCCU